UUCAGUCCUUACUUCCUUAUUUAUUUAGAGGAAGUGGCCACUUGUUAUGCAUACCUAGAUUUGUUAGCCAGUGAGACCUGGACGAGAGCUGUUCUCUCACCGAAGCAAGAUGAAACUCCUUAUCAUAGGAGCACUGGGACUCUCUUACGUGUUAGCUCUCUCAUGCAUUUAUGGAGAUGUCAUGAAGAUUGACACGACGGGAGCAUCCGAGCAAACAGCUCGCCAAGACAAACUCACUGAAAAGGGGGUUGACGCUUCAUAUAAACUGGCUGAGCAUGAUCUGAAGAGGAUGGAGCAGUACAAGAACAUCAUCAUGGAUGUUGGUAGACUUUAUGGCAUGGACCCAGCUGUGAUUGCAGCUAUCAUUUCCAGAGAGUCGAGGGCUGGGGCAGCGCUCGUUGAUGGCUGGGGAGACCACGGCAAUGGCUAUGGACUAAUGCAGAUUGACAAACGUUACCACAAACUGAGGGGAGCAUGGAACAGUAAGGAACAUGUGGCACAAGGUACUGAGAUUCUGAUUGACUCGAUCAGAGGGAUUCAGCGAAAAUUCCCUAACUGGCCCAAAGAGCACCAGUUUAAAGGCGGAAUCUCAGCUUACAACGCUGGAGUAAAAAACGUCCGCACAUACGAGGGUAUGGACAUUGGGACCACAGGAAAUGACUAUGCCAAUGAUGUGGUAGCCAGAGCCCAGUGGUUCAAACGGCACGGCUACUGAGCAUCAUUUAUUCUUCAAAUGUAGCAACCUCAUGUAGCGCUGGUUAAAUAAAUCCUUAGUUUGCA